AAUUUGUAGGUGGCAUGUCUGCAGGACUUCUUCGGAGAUGAGGAUGUGUUUGUGGCCUGUGGACCAGAGAAAUUCCGCUACCAUGAUGACUUAAUGUUGGAUGAGAGCGAGUGCCGCAUGAUGAAAUCAGUGACCUAUGGCAGGAUGUCAGGCUCUCUCAACAGAUGCUCCCCCAGGACUGGCAUCCAAUCACAACGCAGCAAGUCGCCAGCAUCUGUGAACGGGACGCCGGCCAGUCAGCUGUCCACUCCACAUUCGGGAAAGUCUCCCAGCCCCUCCCCGACCAGCCCGGGCAGCCUCAGCCGACGCCGGGGAUCACAGGGUUCUUCCACCUCUCUGUCUUCCGCUCAGGUUUCUAGCCCAGCGGAAGACAUCAAUGGCGUCAUUCCUGAAGCUGAGAUUCUCCAGGAUGAAGUUCCUGCUGUACCGCCCUACAUAUCUGACCGCUACAGGGUGGGGCGGAUGCUGGGCGACGGGAACUUUGCGGUUGUGCGGGAAUGUGUGGAGCUCUCGACAGGACGGGAGUACGCUCUUAAGAUCAUCAACAAGGGAAAAUGCAGAGGCAAGGAACACAUGAUUCAGAACGAGGUGGCCAUCCUCCGCAGGGUCAAGCACCCAAACAUCGUUUUACUCAUUGAGGAGGUGGACACAUAUAAUGAGCUUUACCUUGUUAUGGAACUGGUCAAGGGGGGAGAUCUGUUCGACGCCAUCACCUCUGCCAACAGAUACACAGAGAGAGAUGCCAGUGGGAUGCUCUACAAUCUGGCCAAUGCCAUCAAAUACCUCCACAGCCUCAACAUUGUGCACAGAGACAUCAAACCAGAAAACCUGCUGGUGUAUGAACAUGCAGAUGGCAGCAAAAGCCUGAAGCUGGGAGACUUUGGUUUGGCAACCAUGGUAGACGGACCCCUCUACACUGUCUGCGGGACCCCAACAUAUGUAGCACCUGAAAUUAUCGCAGAGACGGGGUAUGGCCUUAAGGUGGACAUCUGGGCAGCUGGAGUUAUCACCUACAUCCUAUUGUGUGGCUUCCCACCUUUUCGAGGAAGCAGUGAGGAUCAGGAAGCUCUUUUUGAUCAGAUACUGAUGGGACAGGUUGAAUUUCCUCUUCCAUACUGGGACAAUGUCUCAGAGACAGCCAUGGAUCUGAUCCGAUCCAUGCUGGAGGUGGAGGUGGACCAGAGAUACACUGCCCUGCAGGUGCUGGAGCACCCUUGGGUUACUAAUGAGGGUCUGUGUGAAAACGAGCACCAGCUUUCUGUAGCCGGGAAGAUAAAGAAGCACUUCAACAUGGGGCCGAAGGUCAACGACACAAACGCCGGGGUGUCAGUCAUUUCUGCCACCCCUCUUGAUAAGGAGGGGCAGGUUCUCAGACGAGGACGCCACCCGAAUGUGAAGCCGUCGCCUUUGCAGAUGAUCCAGACUGUGAACGCAGAAAUGACAUCCAACGCAAGCCGACCGGAGCCUCCCAGUUGCCUGCCCGGCCUGCCCGCAGACCCCCCCUCUCUGACCCCUGACACUCGCUCCGACCCCUCCUCGGAUCCAAGCCCCUUGUCAGACUCUGAUGAUGUCUCCAUCAGCUCGGUCAGCACUGUCUGCUCCCCCAGCUCACCCUUCUAGUGAUUAAAGGGAGGGGAGGAGGAGGAGGAGGAGGAGAAGCAAGGAGGGAAUCCUCACCCAGCUCCUCCUGUAUAGAGGAGAAGGAGGAGGGGUCAUUGUGGAUAACUGUGGGGAAAGGAGAAUUGAGAGAGAACUUUGAAAUCCCCUGAAUCCAUCUAUCCAACUCAAGAGGAGAGAUUGAUCGAGGGGUGAAAGAAAAAAGAUGAGUUUCUUAUAUUUCUUUUUAACAUUCUCUCAUCUGAGCACAUGUCGAGCUCAAGGAGCAGGAAAGGGCACGAACUGUUUGCCUUUCGGUGAUGAUCCGGGCCAAACAUGGAAACUUCCUCACGCUGGAACAGCUCAAUAUGGCAAUAUGAGAACACUGACCAACGUUCAUAUUUUAUUGAACCUUAUUUAAUCAUGGUUUAUUUAUUGCAUUUUUUUAUACGCAUAUCUCUUUUUCAUAGAGGAAAAAAUAUUGUCUUUGUACUUAAGAAUGGAAAUGAAGGAAAAGUAUGUAGAGGUAUAAUUUGGAUAGAUUAAAGUAGGCUGAUAGAACCAGAAAUGGAAGAAGUAGAAAUGUUUGGACUGGUCCUAGAGCUCUGCUCCACUCAGCCUUCUCUUAAUGUUAGGUUUACAUUUUACAAAGUCGACAAUGGUGCAUGUUAUCACUUCUUUUUACUUUCUUACCUGAAAUAGUCACAACAUCUUAAACCUGAAGAUACAGCAGCAUCCAAAUGCUUGUAGCAGACAUCUGAACUACUACUUCGUCACACACUAACUGACACUUCAUAGAUCUUUAUUUCUAACAACCACCAGAGCUGUAAUUCAGGGAUAUUCAGCUGCAUCUCAAACAGUUGGAAUGCCUUAUAAAAAAAAAUAAAAACAAUUCCAAUAACCUCAAAUAUAACAGAUUUUUAACAGGAGUGAUAAUACCAGAUCAUUAUUUUGGGUAAUUUUCAUUAUUUUGGCUUGAAGCAACUGAAACACCCAAAUUAUGUCAAAAAAAAAAA